GUAGCUGCCGCCGCCGUCGCCGCCGCCGGGGGUCUGGCGUGCCCCGCCACCCCAGGCAGCUGGGUGCCGAGGCCGCCGGCGGAACAUGGCGCCCUGCACGUUCUGGCGCUGCUGCCAGCGCACGGUGGGCUGGGUGCCGGUGCUCUUCAUCACCUUCGUGGUCGUGUGGUCCUACUACGCGUACGUGGUGGAGCUGUGCGUGUUUACACUUUCUGGAAAUGGAGAAAACGGAAAGGCCGUUGUUUACCUUGUGGCUUUCCAUCUGUUCAUUGUUAUGUUUGUAUGGUCCUAUUGGAUGACAAUUUUCACAUCUCCCGCUUCCCCCUCCAAAGAGUUCUGCUUGUCUGCUUCUGAGAAGGAACGCUAUGAAAAGGAGUUCGGCCAAGAAAGACAGCAAGAAAUUUUGAGAAGAGCAGCAAGGGACUUACCUAUCUAUACCACAUCAGCUUCAAAGACCGUCAGAUAUUGCGAAAGAUGUCAGCUGAUUAAGCCUGACCGUGCGCAUCACUGCUCAGCGUGUGACGUGUGUAUUCUUAAGAUGGACCAUCACUGUCCUUGGGUGAAUAACUGUGUGGGAUUUUCUAAUUACAAAUUCUUCCUGCUAUUUUUAUUGUACUCUCUAUUAUAUUGCCUUUUUGUGGCUACAACAGUUUUACAGUACUUUAUAAAAUUUUGGACGAAUGAACUCUCAGAUACACGUGCAAAAUUCCACAUACUUUUUCUAUUCUUUGUGUCGACAAUGUUCUUCAUCAGCGUAUUGUCACUUCUCAGCUACCACUGCUGGCUAGUUGGAAAAAACAGAACCACCAUAGAAUCAUUCCGUGCACCCACAUUUUCAUAUGGACCUGAUGGAAACGGUUUCUCGCUUGGAUGCAGUAAAAAUUGGAGACAAGUCUUUGGCGAUGAAAAGAAAUAUUGGCUACUUCCAAUAUUUUCAAGUCAGGGUGAUGGCUGCAGUUUUCCGACUCGUCUUGUGGGGACGGAUCCAGAACAAGCUUCUGUUUCAAACCACAGUGAAAAUACCAGAAGUGUUGGCUCAAAUCCACCCUUUCCUAUCAAACCGCUUAGUGAAUCAAAAAACCGCUUGCUGGACAGUGAAUCUCAGUGGCUAGAGAAUGGAUCUGAAGAAGGUGUUGUCAGAUCAGGGACAAAGAACCAGGUAACAGUGGCCAUAGAAAAUUGAGUGCCGCUCGUUCAUAGCUAACCAGUUGAAUAAGAGCACGGUUUAUAAAAACAUUACGGACUGAAUAUUUUCAGUUUUAUAUGCAAGAAGAUGAUCAAUGGAAUUAAAUAAUUGAAGUAUAAAUGAAGAUAUAUUUUUUAAAAAAGGAAACCUUUGUACAGAUUGUUGGAUCCACAGAAGCACUACUCCAGAGCUGGAAGAUGCCUUAAUCUUAAAUGAACCCACUUGUUCAACACUGACUGACAGCUACAAAAGUGACUUAAUUUUACUUUGGAAAUAACAUUUACUCAUAAUAACGUAUUAUGAUAUGCUAUAAUAUGAGCUGUCAGGUCACAUGUUAACAUGGCAUAUGUAUUCUUUUGAUACCUAAGUU